GACUGAUCAUAGUCAAGCUUACCAAGGUUCUCCAAGUCAUGGUGCCAUGGGGAGCGCAGCUGUUGCCUGCAGUUAUUUUCCAAGCCCUUUCGGCUAGUGCGACAGCAAAGGUUGGAUGCCAUUCAGAGUGCAAGAAGCCUCACUGUGUGGAGGGAGCAGCUUGGAAUGGUGGCCUGCCACUGUCGCACAACGUUUGUGAACAUAUCUGUUCGAGAAAGUUCGGAGAGACGCGUUACUGUGGAGAAAGCGAGAAGUACUCACAGGGUGACAGCGUAAACUGCACUUUGUGCAGCGGCAAGGACUUGGACUCCACAGCGGACUCGGUUGAAGUCGCAGCGCCUCAGCGGAUUCGAGAAGCAAUCCUGAAGGAGGCGCAACAUCGGCUUGUGGCAUGGUAUGAUGACCAGGAUGAGUUGACCUUGCCAUACUGGGAGUUCAAGGCGAAGGUGCAGCAGACCAAGCAUUGGUACUCUUGCGAUCCGAAUGGUGACAUGAAGGUGCCGGUCACCUUUGGUGAAUUCAACGUCAGUGAUGUACGACCUGCGGAACUCUUUGAAGUCCUGACAGAUUUGGAGGGCCAACUGAAAUGGGACAACUCCAUCAGCGAGGCCGAAGUCAUCAAAGAAUUUCCGGAGGAUGGUGUACUGGCAGCAGAGCUGGUCUUUCCAUCGGGAAUUUGGUUGGUGCCUCCGCGCCAGGUCUUCCAGUGGAUGGCCUUCAAAGCAAGCUUAAAGAAUCAGGAGUAUUGGUUCGCAGUCUCUUCUUUGAAUGUCGAGACUAUCCAUGAGGUGCACAAACCCAAUAAGUUUGCAGUCCAGGCCGAGAACUGUCUUGGAGCGUAUUGGAUUCAACCUUGUCCACCGGGUGGUGAGACGAGCUGCCCAGCUGGGAAUCCCUAUUCUUGCUGCCCAGAGGGCGGUUCUCGAAUUCGCUUCACGAGUCAUGUCAACCUGCACCCGCCCAACUUUUUGAAUGCCAAGACCAUCUUCGACAUGGGAUGGACAAAGCAGAUUGAUUGGAUCAAUGCAUUGAAGAAUAGAGCGAGAGAAAUGAAGAAGCACAACGACGCUCGAAUUGAGGAAACGGUAAGCGCUAAUGCAACUCCAACCCUUCCAAAGUGGCUUUGGCACGAUCCUGCUGUUCCUAAGAGAGGCAGUGUGCCAUUUGACUUCCCACGAGAAAUGGUAUCCGUGGCGCGGUUGUACCAGAGGUCCUCCAUAUUUUCCAUGUCUUUCUCCCAGCCGCCCUUGAUGUACUUUCCUCUGGCGGCCUUGCUAUCAGUUUUGCUUGUUUUCGCCAUUCGUGUGCAUCGAACCACCGUGACACGCGGAGAUGGUGAAGAUUCCCGCGGGUUAAUGGCUGUUCGCAGUCGACAAGG